AUGUCAGCCACACUGACAGCCAACGCUGGAAACUUUCCAGACGAUCCCGAUACUGAGCAAGGCCUAUUACCUGACUUAAAUGGCGUUGAUCUGGUUAUGAGCCUAUCGCCAAAAACUAAUCAGCAUUUACAACACUUACAGACACUUCAACAAAAUUCAUUACAUAAUAUUAAUCAUUCAACGCCGUUUUCGGUUACUGACAUUUUGAGUCCAAUUGAAGAAUAUCGCAAACUGGAAUUAAAUCCGCCAUCGCCUUACAGGUACGCUGAUUGUCAAUCUGUAAGAUCAAAUUCAAGCGGAUCUAGUGUAAAUUCGCCAAGUGCAUUAGGAAAUAGUGGUAAUAUAAAUAAUAUGGCUAAUCCGUACGCAAUGGGGCCACUUUAUCACAGUCCCGGUGUUCAAAGCUAUUGCACGCCAUCUGAUAAUUUAUCACUUGCUGGACACUACACAGAUAUGAGAAAUUCAGCAAGUUGGUAUGGUUCAACUGCCAAUGAUCCACGAUUUGCCAUUACAAGGUUAAUGGGAGGAUCAGCUGGUGGUUCAAUGGGACAUGCAAUGUCUAAUAUGUCUGGAUUGGCAGCAUGUAAUGUGAGUGAUUCAAAACCGAUGCAAUUUCCACUUACGCAACGAAGAAAGCGACGAGUUCUAUUCACACAAGCACAAGUAUAUGAACUAGAAAGGAGAUUUAAACAGCAGAAAUACUUAUCAGCACCUGAACGAGAGCACCUCGCCAGCUUAAUACAUUUAACGCCUACACAAGUGAAAAUUUGGUUUCAAAAUCAUCGCUACAAGUGUAAGAGACAGGCAAAAGAGAAGGCAAUGGCAGAACAGAAUCAACAUAAUCAAUCAUCGAGCUCACCGCGUCGUGUUGCUGUGCCAGUGUUGGUGAAAGACGGAAAGCCAUGUUCUGGUAGCUCAAAUUCGACACCUGUUCAACAGCAAUUGACGUCAAGUGGAUCAACAAUCGGCAACUCAUCAUCCAAUACAGUAAAUUUAAUUAAUGUUGUUAGUGCAGGCGUUGGAAAUAACAGCGAGACGGUAACAUCAAAUAACCAACAUUCACCAGUCGAUUCACCAUCAACAACAAUAUUAAGCAGUUACAAUGGAAGCGGAGGACAUCAGCAAAUGCUUCAACAGCCAUGCAAUAAUACAUUAAUGUCAAAUAGCCUCGCGAUGGCAUAUAGAAAUCAAAAUAAUUUCAUGGGCAAUAGCCAUCAGCAACAGCAUUGCGGUAGUUAUCUGCCACUUCAAACUAGAGCUUGGUAA